AUGGGUGCCGGAAGACGGAUGAAGAGAAAGCAGGGUGCCCCUGAGCCUUUAUCAGAAGAACACUACGCAAAACUGAAGCGCAAGGCCGGUGUGCCAGUCGACACUCCUACAGAAGCACCUGACAACAAGAGAAGACGAACCGGGAAGAAUGGGCAGUCCAGAGAAAAUGGAGCCUCGAUAAAGAAGGCUGCCGCCCCGAAGAAAUCCAACGGCGACAAGCCAGCAAAGCCAAAGCCCAGCAGCAAGUCAAAAGCCAAGCCUGCCAUGCCAGGCCUGGACGACAGCGACGUUGAGCUCGAGGACGACGAGUUGGACGCAGAGGAGCUGGAUAUCGAGAAACUAUCCGACCUCGAAGAUGAAGGCGAGGGCGCGGCGCUGGGCGACGAUUUUUUGGGCUCGGAUUCAUCCGUGCUUGACUCGGACGACGAGAUUGACGCCGAAAAGGCUACGUUUUCUGAAGAUGAAGACGAGUCCGACGCAGAGGAGAAGCUCACGGCCGCCAAUAUCGAAGGACUCUCGAGGAAACUGGACCGAAAGCUGGCGCAGGAAGCGGCCACCAAUGCGGCAGAAAUGGCUGAGAGCGCACUGCAAACCAACAUUGACGGCGACAAACCGCACAUUAUUGACGACGACGACGACGACGAGCUGUCCGCCAAGGCAAACGCCCUCCUCGCGCCGGACCUGCAGCUGCUCCGGACGAGAAUCACCGAAAAUAUCCGCGUGCUCGACGAUUUUGCCAACCUCGCCGAGGAUGGGCGCUCCCGGUCCGAGUACACUGCGCAGUUAAUCAAGGAUGUGUGCGCAUACUAUGGCUACUCCGAGUAUCUGGCUGAAAAGCUAUACAAUCUGUUCACACCCCGCGAGGCAUUUGCCUUUUUCGAAGCCAACGAGACGGCUCGCCCUGUUGUCAUCCGCACAAACACCCUCCGCACUCACCGCCGCGAUCUCGCGCAGGCCCUCAUCAACCGCGGCGUGACCCUCGAGCCGGUGGGCAAGUGGUCCAAGGUUGGCCUGCAAGUCUUUGAGAGCAGCGUGCCCCUCGGUGCCACGCCCGAGUAUCUCGCCGGCCACUACAUUCUGCAGGCUGCCUCGUCCUUCCUGCCCUGCAUGGCGCUUGACCCCCAGGAAAACGAGCGCGUGCUCGACAUGGCUGCCGCCCCCGGUGGCAAAACAACCUACAUGGCGGCCAUGAUGAAGAACACGGGCGUCAUCAUCGCCAACGAUCCCAACAAGGCCCGUGCAAAGGGUCUCAUUGGCAACAUCCACCGCCUCGGCGCCCGCAACGUCAUUGUAUCCAACUACGACGCCCGCGAAUUCCCCAAGCCCAUGGGCGGGUUUGACCGUGUCCUGCUCGACGCCCCCUGUUCCGGGACAGGCGUCAUCGCCAAGGACCCCAGCGUCAAGACCAACAAGACGGAGCUCGACUUCAUGCAGCUCCCGCACACGCAGAAGCAGCUGCUCCUCGCGGCCAUUGACUCGGUCAACCACUCCAGCAAGUCGGGCGGGUACAUUGUCUACUCGACGUGCUCGGUGACUAUUGAAGAAAACGAACAGGUCGUCCAGUACGCGCUCAAGCGCAGGCCCAAUGUCAAGCUCGUCGACACGGGGCUGGCCUUUGGGAAAGAAGGAUUCACAAGCUUCAUGGGCAAGAGGUUCGACCCCAGCCUCCGCCUCACAAGGAGGUACUACCCGCACGCGUACAACGUCGACGGCUUCUACGUCGCCAAGUUUAAAAAGAUUGGUCCCACGCCCGCCCAGGCGCCCCGGGAUAACACGCGCGCCGCUCGCGACGCCGAGGACGUUGUUGACAAGACGCCCAUUUCCGCCGACGAGGAAGACGCUGGCAAGGACGAUUUCGGCGGCUGGGACGAGGACGAGGACAACGAGUACAUGGAGAAGGGGCGGAGGAACGCCAUGCGCAGACGGGGCUUGGAUCCCAGGAGUAAUGUCAAGUCGAAGAAGGGGUCGAAAUGA